UACCAGAUUGCUAAAAGAUAUGGUUUUCUCAUAGAAGACCACUUAGUUACGACCAAAGAUGGUUAUAUUCUCACAAUAUUCCGACUUCUGGAUCCGCAAAGGAAGAUACAAAAAAGUAGACAACCCGUUGCACUGCAACAUGGAAUUCUGGUCGAUGGUGUAUCCUGGAUGAUUUCGGGAAAUAAUUCUUUAGCUUUUUAUUUGGCCAAUUCCGGACUAGACGUAUGGAUAGUCAAUUCAAGAGGAACUCCUUUUUCAUUGAAACAUACUAAUCCAUCCAUUUCUGAAAAGGACUAUUGGAAUUACAGCUUUCACGAAGUGGGAAUAUAUGAUUUACCAGCAAUACUUGAAGAAAUUUCAAAACAUACUAACCGCACUGAUAUCAUUCAUAUUGGCCAUUCUAUGGGAGCCACAGCCUCAACUGUUUAUUCCAUUUUGAGGAGCGAUCAUGCCAGAAAGUACUUGAAAGGAAUAAUUCAUCUCGCACCGGUUAUUAAAUUUUUCCAACUACGUGGUGUGUUAGCCUUAAUCAUUCCUUUUCAUGACAUUCUUGUGAAAAUUUUGGAACUCCUUGGCAUACACGCCAUUGGUCAGUUUACAACGUUGCAGAGGUUUAUACUGAAACUGACCUGCUCUAGGUUUCCCUUGAUUUUCCCUUGUAAAUUAUUGGAAGCCUUCUCAACUGGAUUAGUUUUUGAACAGGCAAGACCUGAAAUCAUGCCGUUGAUUCUCACUAAUUUCCCUGUUGGUCUCCCCAUCAAAACAAUUGAACAUUAUUGUCAGAUAUAUUCAAAAUCUGGACGGUUCCAGUUUUACGACUAUGGACCUUCGAAUAACUUGAAAAUAUAUAACUCCAGCGACCCUCCAGAAUAUAACUUGGGAGAUUUCACCAUUCCAAUCCAUAUCUUCUCAGGAAAACAAGAUUUCCUUGCUCCAGAAGAGGAUGUUAACAACUUCUACAAUGAGUUGAAUUGCCCCAAGAUGCUACACUACCUUGACGCAGCACACAAUGAUUUUGCCUAUGGAAAAAAUGUUGAAGAAACUUACAAAAGUAUUGUCAAUAGUGUCAAAACUAUGAGUACAACUGAUUAUGGCAUGAAGUGAA